GGUAGUGUCUGUGUUCUCCAACAUGAAGUCCUCCAACAGUAUGAUCAGCUACUCUACGCGGGCCCCUAGGUAUUCCCAGAGCCUACAUCUGUCACAUCGGCAGCCGACCAUGAGCAGUAGCUCGUUCAUCCUGCACUCCGCCGGUCGCAGCGGCGGGAGCAUAGCCGGUGGUGGCUUCGGCUCUGGCUUCGGCUAUGCCACUCCUGGCUUGUCUGCUACUUCGCUCAUAUUGCGAAGCGGCGGCGGCGUCGGCGGCGCCGGCUUGGUGGGUGAUGAGAAGGUCACCAUGCAGAACCUGAACGACCGCCUGGCCUCCUACCUGGCGACAGUGCAGCGCCUGGAGCAGUCCAACGCGGAGCUGGAGAAGGAGAUCCGCGAAUUGUCAACAAACACUGUUGUCCAAGGGUUCGACUGGUCGAUGUACGACCAGACGAUCAAACCCCUUCAGACGCAGAUACUGGAAGCCACCCUGCAGAACUCCCAGAUCGCUCUGGAGAUUGACAAUGCCAAGCUGGCUGCUGAGGACUUCCAAAACAAGUGGCAGACCGAGCAGAUGCUACGGCAGUCUGUGGAAAGUGAUAUCGAAGGCCUGCACCAUCUGAAGGAGACCUACCUGCAAUUACAGGACGGCCUGACCAACGACAUCGCUGGGCUGGAGGAUGAGAUUGCCUUCCUGAAGAAGAAUCACAAUGAGGAACUGAACGUGUUGCGGAAGCAGUGUACCCAAGAAGUGAAUGUUGAGGUGGACUCAGCUCCAGGCGUUGACCUGAAUAAAGUCCUGGAAGAAAUGCGGCAGAAGUACACCACCCUCGUUGACAAUAACCAAGUAGAGCUGGAUAAGUGGUACCAAGAACAGCUCUCGAUUAAAGAAGUCCAGGUAACUCAGAAUGACCAGGCUCUCACCGGUGUUAAAACUGAGCUGUCUCAGUUCCGACAUCAAGUACAGACUCUCAAUGCUGAAUACAAUGGCUUACUCGGCAAUAUAAAUGCACUGGAGAGCACUCUAGAUCAGACUGAAGCCUCGUACGACAACCAGCUUCAGAGUUUGCAGUUCCAAAUCAGAAGCCUCGAGGCUGAGCUGGUAAAUCUCCGGAAUGAGCAGAUGCGCCUGAAGGCCGAAUAUGACAAGAUCCUUAAUAUCAAGAUGCAACUGGAAGCUGAGAUAAGCCAGUACAAAUGUCUACUGGGCACCGGUAACCAAAACAUGAUAACCGGUGGAAUAUCUUCCUCUGGCCUCAUAUCUGGAAGGACUGGCACAGGAAGUAGUACGAUAACCAUCAAGACCACUGAAAUCAAAGAAAAUAUUGCGACAUGAAGACUCUGCCACAGAAGGAUUUCCAGGGAGCCUGGAUAAAGGCCCCCACAACUCUUGCUUGCUGCUGGGAUCCCUGGGAUGUGGGCUGCCCUCUGUCCUCUUACUCUUCACUUUCUGCUUCAGAUAAACAUGGGUGGAGGAACCAGAUGUCCUGCAACUCCCUUCAAGCGGAAUUGCUGUGCUUCCAACAUGGUUGUUAUGUUAUGGUUGUCUUCACUGAAAGAGGGACAUUGUCACUCCUAGCUGCUUCCCUCCUGAACCCAGGUCCAACACCUGACAGCUGUGGAAAACAUGGUGUGACUGGUCCUGGGGGCACAGCAUGUGGGUGAGAUUCUGUCCUGUUUGGGCCCAGGAUAGGGUUGAAGGCCUUGUGUUGUCUGUUGUUCCACACUUGUCUUGCUUGCUUUCAAUAAACUUCUGCCUGAACCAUAA